CAAUAACUUUUGGGAACCACUGAAAUAUUCUUAUCAUAAACACGCAAUUAAUACUGUUGUACUCGUACUAUCAUGGCAAUAUUCUUGUAUACAAUUUUAUGAACGCAUAAACUCGUACUAACCGAAUACUGACUCUGGCUGGUUAGUAGGAGAGAACGCCAGUGAAAUGUUUUCACUGUCCCGGCGUUCGACACACAGCAUUCGUUUACGGCGCGCACUAAUCAUUGUCUUCUGAGGACGCGAGUACUCGUCUGUGUUUUACUGUUUGCUAUCGUCGAUUGUGCGAUUGUGAACGGCACAGCAACUUGUGCAGUUUUUUGCCGCGAAUCAACGGAUUUUGCGUCGUUUUGCGUAGUCGCCUUCGCUAUGAAAGAAACAUUGCCGAUUAAAAAUUAUAUUAUAAUAUAAUGUAACUGAGUGGAAUAAUCAAUUCUUAUCUACACAUACGAGGAAAAAAUCCUGUGUUUACAAUGAAUGAAAAAGAUGACAUAUGAACGAGGUCUACUACAUGUACCUACUUGUUAUUCCAUUAACACUUAAAUGGAAGUCAGUAUGUAGUAUGGUCGUGAAUUUGGAUGACCCUCCUUUUCUUGCUGUUGGCACAGAAGUAAGUGCCAAGUAUAAAGGCGCAUUUUGUGAAGCAAAAAUCAGAAAAAUAUCUAAAAUUGUGAAGUGUAAAGUUCAAUAUUCUAAUGGGAUAUCUGCAUUUGUCACUGAUGAUGUAGUGAAAGGACCAUUAAAGGUGGGAGCUACUGUUGAUAUAAAAUGUAGUGAUAAAAAAGAAUUAGUUCGAGCAACAAUUCAAAAACUUCAAGACUGUAGUCAAUACACUGUUGUAUUUGAUGAUGGAGAUAUAACAUGCUUAAAGAGAACAGCAUUAUGUUUGAAGAGUGGAAAACACUUUGCUGCUAGUGCUACUCUUGAUCAACUUCCUCUAACACACCCUGAACAUAUUGGUAUUACUCCUGUAAAAACCACCAUAGUACAAGGUCGUAGAAAUCGAAAGCAUAAAAAAAGUGUUGGGGAAAGUGGGGAGGAAGAAACUUUAACAAUGGAGGAAAAAGAUAUUGGAAAAGUAGUUUGUGUAGAAUGUAAUGAUAAAAAGAAAGCAAGAGACAAUUGGUUUCCUGGUUUGAUAGUUGCACGUACUUCACAAUCCUCAAUCAGAUUUCCUUCUCCAGAUCAUUACUUAGUUCGUUCGUUUAAAGAUGGAAAAUAUUAUACAGUACCAAAAAAAGAAAUAACUGAAUUUACAAAAGAAAUUGGUGCUAGAGUGGAAAAUCCUACUCUUAAAACUGCUGUUGAAAAAGCACUAUUCUUUCUUGAUAAAGAUGAACUUCCACCACACUGGGAUCGAGAUUUGUUAUUUGGUGUUGAUAAAAUUUGUGUUGCUUCUGAUAGUGAAGCAUUUGAUAGCGAUAAUUCCGAUGAAGAAUCAAUUGAAGAAAAAGACCAUUUUGUGGCACAGCUGUUUAAAUUUAUGGAUGAUCGAGGAACUCCUCUUAAUCAAGCUCCAGUGAUAAAUGAAAAAGAUGUUGAUUUAUAUAAACUAUUCAAAGUUGUUAAUAAUUGUGGAGGAUAUAACAAAGUGAAUAAAGGUAAACUAUGGAAGUUUGUAGCACAUAAAGCUGGUCAUGAACAACAAUCAUUUUUUUCAGUAAAACAUUGUUAUCAACAAUAUUUACAUAGUUUUGAAGAUUUUUAUCGUAAACUUGGAUGUACAAUGUUGAGUCAUCCAAGAGGAGUUAGAUCACGCAGUAGAUUCAGUAGGAGUAUUAUACGAGAUGUUGAUAAAGCUUUACCUAGUACAUCAUCUUUAACUGAUAAAAAUAAAUCUUUAAAGAAUGAAUCGAACGAUAAAAAAAGUAAGGAUUCUCCUGGAACUAAAAAAACAGUCAAAACUAUUAAAGCUGAAGAAAAGCUUCUAAAGAACAAUGAAGAAAUUUCUAAAAAAGGUGACAAAAAAAAAGAUGAUAUUACUAAUACUACAUCACGUAAUAAACCAUCAGUGAAAUGGGAUACAGAUAUAAUAGAAGCAAAAGACCCUGUUAAAAAUUCUAAAACUAAAAAAGAAACAAAAGAAAUGUUGAAAAAAGAAAUUAAAAAAGAGAUAGAUUCUGAUACACUAGAUGAUAAUCAAAUUAUUGAAGAUAAAAAAGCAGAAAAGAAAAAGUAUACAAGAAAUUUAUUUGGAAAAUCAGUGCGUAAAACAACCAAAAAAGAAAAGGUUGCAAAAGUAAAAUCUGCAGAUACUGGGUUACCAGGUAUGAGAAAAAUGAGAGCUAUCAAAGACCAACUUAAAACGUUUGUUAAAGUAAUGACUCCAUUCAAAAAGUCAAAGAGAGGAGCUAAUACUCAGCAAGAUGCUUCAAAUAAAGGGAAAUCUGAUGAAGAAGUUCCAAAAAUUACACGAUCAAAAACUAAAGAAGAUAUACCUACUAAAUCAAGGAGAGUAUCAGUAUUAAGUGAUCUUACAGAUAGUGCUUCUGUGGUACAACUUCCCCAGACUGGACUUCUUGCAGAAAAUCAAAUCAAAAUUAAAAAAGAGGAAGGAUCUGAAAAGAAAAAGGUUGUUAGAAAGAAAAAGGAGGAUAAAGAGGAGAAAGCGACAAAUGAAAUAAUUCCGACACCUGUUAAUGUUGAAAUUGUACCAUUUGAUAAAGAUUCUCCGGUGGUUGUCGGAGAUAACUUGGUAGUUUAUUAUGGAGAUAAACAAGCUACGACUUACGCUGCUAAAGUUAUUAAUGUGUGUGAUAUUGAAGGCGUUAUGAAGUAUUAUGUUCACUAUAAGGGGUGGAACUCGCGUUAUGACGAAUGGAUAGAUGUUAUGCGUAUUGCUUAUAAAACUAAGGAUCCUGAACCAGAACCUGGUGUUGAUAAUGACGCAGAGUCUUCAAAAAGUAGUCCUCCAGAACAAAAAAAUGUGGAUUCAAAAAAAGUACCAUCAACAACUAGUUCAAGAACUAGACGAUCAGUUACUCCACUCACAUCACAUUCAAAUAUAAAAAAAUCACCUUUUAGUAGUGCUCGUCCUACUAGAACAUGUACCUUGACAGAUCGCCCAUUAUUCAAUAUUGAUAAUUCCGAUUCAGAAGGAGAAUAUACAGUUAGUGUAGGUACAUCCAAGCAAUCUAAUAAGAAAAAAUCCAUCAAAUCGGAACCGGGUAUUGUUAUAAAAACCGAACCUUUAGACAUUGAAAAUCAGAAAAAAACUCCACUUCUCAAAACAUAUCCUAGUAAAGAAGUGCUUAUGCAGCGAAGUGGACCUAGAAAACCAAAAUCAAGUGUGAUCAAAGCUCAUAGCAAUAAAUCUGAAGAAGUUGAGGUUGGUGAACAAGUGACUCUAAAACCACCAUUCGAUUUUAGUUUUACGAUGCCACCACCUGGUGAUAGUAUUAAACCAAAUGCAGAUAAUGAAAAUUCAGAAACACAGAAUGAAAGUAAAAUUGAUGAAGGUAUAAAAAUUGAACCAAAAGUUGCUCCGAAUCAUUAUUUAUCACCUAAAGAAAAAUCUGAGAGAAAUGAUCUUGAACGGGUAUCUGAAUCUUCUAAAAGUGGAAAUGAAGAAAUCAAAAUUAAAACUGAGCCUUUGACAGUUCAAACAAAAUCAGAAAUUUCCAGUAUAAUCUAUUAUUCAUCAUCAUCUGAGGAUGAAGAACAAAAUCAAUUAAAAAAAGUAACAGAAGUCAUCUCUUCUUCAUUAGAUGAUAAAUCUGAUGAAUCUAAAAUAUCUGGUACUGAUUUUGAUCUUAACAAAAUAAGAUCAGAAAUGAAGGGACUCGUACCAACUUCUUCCAAUAGUAAUAAUGAUAUAAUUCAAAAUAAAGAAUCAUUUAUGUUGGAUAAACAAAUAGAAAUUGAAGAACCUAUCGAAAAAAUUAAUGAACCAGUCACAGAUGAUGUUUACGAAUUCAAGGAAUCUGAAUCAUGUAACUUUGAUACUAUACCUUCAGUCACUGAAGAAAAAUUUUGUAGAUCUAUUAGACAUGAUUCACCAAAAACAUUUAACUUAGAGAAACCGAAAGCCAUUGAAACAACAGCACAAGAGGAAAUAAUUGAACAAAAUAGGUCCACGGUACCAUUUGUGCCCAAUAGCAAUAGCGUGUAUUCAUUUGAUAAUAAUGUUGAGAUAAAAGUUAAUGAAAAUUUGAACAUUUUAAAUGAAAUCAAAAUUCCUAUUUCUAAUAAUCAACUUGAAAAUGAAUCUAAUGAGUCCCAGAAUUUAAUAAUAAAUGAUGGUACAGUAGAUACCUCAAUUAUAAAAGAAAUCAAACAUUCUAAGGAUGAAACAUGUCAUGAAGUUAAUAUAUCUGAUAUUAAAGACGAAGUAUUGGAUUUAUGCAUGAAACCUCCUCCUGAAUCACCGCCUAAUAAUAUUUUUAGUAUGCCUGAGCCAAAUGAAUUAAAUGAUAUAAUUGUUGAAGAAGAUGAUGAUGACGAAGAUGAUGAUGAAUCAAAAUUAGUAAUUGCUGAAAAUGAUAAAACUGAAAGUGAUUAUCAAAUGGAUACUGAUUUGGCAGUUAUUAACGAAGAUCAUAAUUCUUCCAAUGGACAAAUCAAUGAAAAUGUACAUACACAAGCAUUGCCACCAAUGCCACCUAGUGUCCAUCCUAAUACUGAAUUAGAGUUCAAAAAUGUGUAUCAAGUUAAAAGAGAUAUCACUGUAUCAAAAGAUACAGAUGAUGAAAGUACUACAUCCUGUAAUGAAAGUAUACAAAAUGCUCUUAUUCAAAGUUUCCAAAAAUACUCACAUUUUGAAAACCAUUCAAGUCAAAAUAGACUUUUUGUGGAUAAUAUUGAUGACAAUACAAAAUCUGGCUUUGAAUUUGAUUCAAAUUCAAAAUCACCAACAAUUGAAAAUAAAGAAAUCAUUGAAUCUACGACUAAUUUUCCCAUUAAUGAAACUUCAAACAAUGAUAAGCCUAAAACAUUUGAUUUUGAUGUCGAAAAUGUCAAAGAUAAAUACGACAAAGAAAAAACUACUGUGCUACCUGAACUGCAGUGCAGAGAGGAGAUAGUUGAUGAAGAGACCCUUAAUAACGCUCUUGUUAUAGAGUACAAUCGUAAAGCUGCAGAUUAUGAUAUUAACAAACCAAGUACUAGUAAAGGUUUCUUUGAUUCAAUCCACCAACCCAGUACAAGUAAAGAUUGUUUCUAUGAAACUGACACUAGCAAUGAAACAAAAAGUAGCUUCUUUGAAGCUAGACAACCAAUCAAAAGUGUUACUUUUGAUACAAAUAUCUCUAGCAAAAGUGGUUCAUUUGAUCCCAAUAUGCCAAGUUGUAGUAGCAAAGAUUUCUAUGAUCAUAAUAUUCCAAGUACCAGUAAAAGUAAUUUUUAUGAAAAUAGCUUGCCUAGUACUAGCAAAGGUUUAUACCAAGAGUCAGACGUAAAUAGUGUACUAUUUUGUGAAGAGACUAUACCAGGUAGUCCAACUGGUACAUCGGAAGAACAAUAUGAUCAAGAGGAAAGAAAAAAAGCUCUUCAAGCACUCUAUGAAGAAAGAGAAGCUGCUUCCGCCAUGUAUGCCAUGAACCAAUCUUUUCGUAGACCAAUGAUUACUAGGUUAGGUGCUACUCAAGAAGAAAUGGAAGAAUAUUCUAAUAUUCUUCAAAAUGAUGGAGCAAUACUCGAUCAAAGGCAUUUACAGUUUUUGGCUGAAAUUUCAAGUAGGAAUCUUGGUAUUAAUAUUAACGAACCUUCAGUCACUGAACCACCUAAAACAGAACCAGAGCCAAUAAUUGAGAAAAUUGUAAAACCACAAGAAAAACCACAAUCCAAGCGUAGAAUCAGCAGUCAUGAGCAAUCAUCAAAACGCAGUAAAUCAUCUACUUCUACUCCAACACCUUCAGUAAGUCAUAGACUACCUGAUAUAAGAACAAUGCCGAUACCGAUAAGAGAUGGAAAACCAUUGGUUGAAUUCACUCCAGAAAUGGAUUCACCACAACGUCAAGCUGUGAUUAUAGCUAAAAUGAAUGAACUGCGAAGACUGCACACUUUUUGGCAAACUCGUAUAAUUGUGGUUAAACGAAGGAGGAAAAAGAUUAAGAAGCGAAAAAGGGAUUUGGCAAAGGCUGCUGCUGCUCAAAAUCAAAACAAACAGUCACAGGCAGCUAGUGGUGCUAGCACAUCUAAAUAAAAUUUAGUUUACUUAUUCCACCUAUUAGAAAUUUAGUAUUGAUAUUAGUGUUAAUUAUUAAUAUUAUAUCAUUGAAAAAAUGGUAUUGAAUAAUAUUACAUAUUUCAUUGUAUUUAUUUGUUUUUUUAACCUUCAGAAGAAGAAUGACUUAUUAUUAGUUACUUACUUGGUAGAAUAUAAGUUUUUUAUGAUAACAUAUUAAAUUUUAAAUUUAAGGGUCCAUUGCAACAACUAGAUAACUUCACUUUUAUAGUUGUUUCAGGCGAUCAUAACAAAAUUAUUUUGCCUAAUUUCAUAAACAAAUCCUGAACAUGACGUAAUGAAUCAAUAUUGAGUUAAUGAUUCUUUAAACAUGGUUUAAUGAAAAAUAAUUGGUGCAUUACAUUACAUUGAGUCAUUAAAUUAACUAUUCCGAUUCUUUAUUAAUUAAUUAAUCCUUAUGAUAACUUCAAAGAUAAUAAUUUAAUUUUUAUAGUUUUACCAAAACAAAAUAGAAUUUUAACCAACUAAUAUCUGAAUUUCUUUGUUAAAUGAAAAAUAUUUUCAUUAACUAUUAUGAAUUUAUAAUAUGCUUGAUCUAUGCUAUGUACAGUUUCCGAUGAUAUGGUUACAUCAUAAAUAACAGGAGUCUGUAAACUAAUUUUAUUUCACUUGCAGACAAAAUAAUUAUUUUCUUUUUACAGCAAAUAAAAUAAAAUAAGGUUUUCAUUUAUUUUUAUUGAAAGUUUUUAUUUUGACUUUAAUUAGAUAAAUAUAUAUGAUAAAUGUUGUUAGACCCCUAAAACUUCUAGAGUUCAUAAAAUGGUCUUCCAUAAAUGUCAAUUGGUAAUCCCUGAUAAUAAUAAUUUUAUAUGUCAAAUGCAUUUGAUACUAUUGGUUCUAUAGCCAAUACCUUUUUUCCGUGAAAUUGUUUUCACAAAAGUCAUUUUUGGUAAUGUUGGAAAUUAUUUAGUUGUUGUAGUCAGUGGACCCUAUUUAACAUUGCCUAUUUAGUAUUUAGUAUAAAGUAGUUUGUGCGCUAGCACUAAUAGUAUUUAGAAAAUAAAAUUUUUUAUUUUAUUAAGAUUUAAGUUAUUUUGCAGUCAAAUGUGUUUUUCAUUAUGCUUAUAAUUUGUGAGUGUGCAAAGAAAAAUUGUGCCUUAUAAAGAUCUUAUUCAGUAUAUAAAUACUAAAUAGUAUUUAAAUACUUCCUAUUUUGUUAAGAUUAAGUGUUUCUCUAUUAUUAAAGUAAUUAAUUAUUUUGUAUUCAAUAAAAUAUUUGAUUGUAUUCUAGUUGUAGUAUAAUUGUAUAAUAUAUUUAUACACUAUUAUACCCUAAUUUGUUACAAUAUCAUUAAGUACUAUGAUAAUAUUAUGUUCUAUAAUUUUAAAUUUGAUGAACAUAAUGAAAUUAUUAAAACUUAAAUGUAUUAUUUGUAUCAAUAGUUAAACAACAUUUAUAAACAACAAGUUAUUGUUUAUUUAACUAAUAUAAUAAUUAUCUAUCAUUAA